AUGGCUUCAACAACUACGUGCUCGCCUUUCACACAGGCUGUUGUGAGCUCAAUGAGGAAGCUGUAUCCCGAGGCAUUGGCAGACAAAAGCUUCGAUAACACCGGCUUGCUUCUUGAAGCUCCCUUUGAGCCUACCCGCCGACAGAAGAACUCGGUGCUCCUAGCCAUCGAUCUUACCACAGCCGUUGCAGACGAGGCCAUCAGGCGCCAGGACUCAGCUGUUGUUGCAUAUCACCCCAUCAUUUUCCGUGGACUCAAGUCUAUCACUCUUGAUGACACCCAACAGAGAUCCCUUCUGCGACUGGCUCAGCAUGGAAUCAGUGUCUACUCGCCGCAUACGGCUGUUGAUACUGUUCCUGCAGGAAUGGCUGACUGGCUCUGCGACGUGGUGACCGGCAAUUAUCAGUCAUCUAAAACCGAGCUGAAGCCUUCCAUCAAAGACUGCUCCUCGGCUCUAUACUCCGCUCCUACUUACCCGCAGUCCCAGUUCAUCCCAACUACUGGUUCGGCAACUAUCUCUCAGAAACUUCCUCACACCCGAUCCACCAUUCACCCAUCGCCCCCAGAUUCCAUCCCGGAGGGGUUCGAGUCUGCCGGUGCUGGCCGCCUAGUCACCUUCAACGAGGCCCAGCCUCUAACAACCUUGAUCGAUCACGUCGGCCGUGGAGUUGGCCUCCAACCCGGCAUUCCAAUUGCCAUCCCGCAAAGCCGUUCAGUCGACGAGAUUCGCAUUCGCACCGUUGGCAUGUGCCCUGGCUCUGGAUCGGGUGUUCUUCUCCGCGGAACUGAUAUUCCCGACCUUCUUUUCACUGGCGAGAUGAGCCACCACGAAGCUCUUGCUGCUACCGAGCGUGGAUCGGUGGUUAUCUCUCUUUCUCACUCAAACUCGGAGCGCGGGUAUCUCCGUACGGUUAUGCAGCAUAAGUUGCAGGAAGAGUUGUCGCAACGCUGGGAGAGUGACCGGAAAGCUGCUCUUCAGGCUAUCCAGGACACUGCUAAGCAGGGCGGAGCUACUCCUUCAGCUUUGGGCGAAGAAGUUUACAAGGAUGCUAGCGUGGAGGUAUCUGUCAGCGAUGCUGAUCGUGAUCCUUAUGGAAUCAUGAUUUGGCGAUCUUAA